UGUUUUCAAAAAACAUUUUUCAAUUAAAUUCCAUUUUGCGUAAUGCUAUGAACCAUAAAAUGGGUAUAUAAAGUGGUAUGAGUGGUACGAAACCACAUAGAAGUGGUACAAUGGCGAAGCAAAUGUUGGUAUUAAUCGCUUGCUUCAGCCUAGCAGCCAGCAACCCGCUGGGCCAAACGGUAUGCGAGCAUACCAUGCUGCCCAGUAUUCUACCAAAAACUCCCAUCUACGACCAGGGAAUUAUAUCGCUUCUAUCCUAUUUGGCAUCUCUGAGCAUCCCUGCACAGUUACCAUAUGGAAAUGUUGGAAUUUCGACUACAGUGUACGAUCCUACGGCUAAUUUGGGGAAUUUAGGCGCUCUGGGCACUUUAGGUAACCCUCUAGGCGCUUUAGGAAACCCUCUAGGUGCUUUAGGUAACCCUCUAGGCACUUUAGGAAACUUAGGCAGUUUGGGCACUUUAGGAAACUUAGGUAGUUUGGGCACUUUAGGAAACCUGGGCAAUUUGGGUUCGAAUUUAGGUGCCGGAUAUCCUGGUAUAUCUUACCUACCAUAUAAUAAUAUAUUAUCACAACUACAGUUACAAGCCAGUCAGCAACCUACAACAACAAUAUGUGAAACUGCUACGAGUAAUUUAGGCAUGCCAGGCAAUAUACUUGAAACUUCACCCAUCAUGCCAUACCCUGGCAUCUCUAAUAUGCCCAUGCCAUGCCCUAUACACGCUACUAUAAGCGAAAGCAUGCCAACCACAACUGUAUGCGAAACAACGCCAGUAGUAUCCAUUCCUAAUUGGCUUAUAAACUAUCUCUUGCAAAUGCAAGUACCUCAACCCAACCCUAUACAAACUACAGUGUGUGAAACAUCUAUGCCUUCAAAUAUACCUAUAAACAUUCCUAUCUCAAACCUACCUGUAACUGGAAUGCCCAUGUCAACUUUGCCCAUGACAAUGCCAAACUUACCUAUAUCAAAUAUGCCUGUAGCUGGUAUUUCGAUGUCAAAUAUGCAACUACCUAUGCCAUUACAGGGACUGCCAGUGACAAUUCAAAUAGUUUAA